UUACUUAACAAAGUAGAAAAUUUUAGCAGCCCACAAAACACAUUCACUCUUCUUCUUCUUCUUCUUCUUCUUCUCCCCCACCCUUUCCUUCUCCUCUUUCUCUCUCCUUUUCUGUUUCAAAAUGCCAAGGCCCGGCCCAAGGCCUUAUGAGUGUGUUAGAAGAGCUUGGCAUAGUGAAAGGCACCAACCCAUUAGAGGCUCCCUUAUUCAAGAGAUUUUCAGGAUUGCAAAUGAGAUUCAUAGCCCAUCAACAAAGAAGAAGAAAGAAUGGCAAGAGAAACUCCCCAUUGUUGUUCUCAAAGCUGAGGAAAUUAUCUACUCUAAAGCUAAUUCCGAGGCUGAGUAUAUGGAUCUUAAAACGCUGUGGGAUCGAGCUAAUGAUGCAAUUAACACCAUCAUCCGCCGUGAGGAGUGCUCUGAAGAUACAGCGGAGUUUUUGCAGCCUUGCAUUGAAGCUGCUCUCCAUUUAGGUUGUUUUCCUAGAAGAUCUUCAAGGAGCCAAAGGAACAAUCACCCAAGGGGUUAUUUAACCGGAAACCCGGAUUUAACCUGUGAGAGGAGUCCCAACCCGAGUUCAUCCCUUGCGCCUCUUUACUCAAAUUUUCGAGGGAAAGAGCCACAAAAUCUUACUCUUCCUAUUAAUAGUUGCUUAAACAAUGAGUCCUUCCUAUCUAGACAAAACUGCUUACCUGGUCAAGGUUCAUUUCGAUCACAGUCAUGUGCUGUUUAUCCACUGUAUUAUGGUGCCUGCCCUCGACCUAUGGAGCCACAACUAAAGCUUGUUGAUCAUCCUACUUCGAAACCCCUUAGAGAUGACCGCCCUGAAAUAGACAUGUCACGAAACUUUUCCUUGUGUAAUGAGGAUUAUAUAAUGAAUAGGAUAGGUGAACCAAAAGUUGCUAUCAAACCACCUACUAAUGAGUGUGAUUUAUCUCUUCGAUUGGGGUUUCCAUCAAUGCAAGAGGAUGAAGAUGGUCGAAGUAAUGGUUUUCAAGGGAAAAUAAAUGGUGUGGAUUCUAAGCAUGAGAUAUUUUCCAUGUAUCAUGAGAGCAAAGCUGGUUUAAAAGACGAGAGUUUGGAUGUAAAUUUGAUGGUAAGGAAGCGAAAGGCAGUUGAUCAGAUGAAAGAUCCGCGUCAUUCAUGGGAGCCAAAGUUCUUGCCGACUUUCUCUUACAAAGGAACAAGAACUACGGGUUAGUUAAUAGUUAUCAGCUUUCAGUACCUAGAUGCGUAGAGAAUUUCAGGUUAGCAAGUGGGAGUUUUCAUUGUUGUAUAUGUAAAUAAUGUAGCUUCACUUUGCGGCAUGUUUUCCCAUUCGGGUUGUUUGGUUUCAGUCGCAUAAUUUCCUAGGACGAGUUUGCUGCUUGUGAAACCAUGAAUUUUGUACAUAACUGUUGUAUCAAAUGUCAUGUCAACUUUCUGCUGCA